AUGUGGGAGAAAGAGAAGGAUGCCGGCUUCCUCCUUACAUUCCUUUCAACUAUCCGCCAACUGCACGGCCUACUCAACUAUCCGCCAACUGCACGUAACCGCUCUAUGUCGUUCUUUCAAGUCCUGUCAACAGUAGUGAUGGCUCUCUGGAUGGCUCUACCGCGUUCUAUCAGAUACUUCCUAUGGAUAUUCGUGAUUUGCCUUGGUUUUGUGCCUUCGACGGGGUGUUUUGUUCUCGCCUGUUGUCAAGCCGAACUUAUUUGGUCCAAGUGCCUUCCCUUCGGGGUGACGCCCCUCACCAUUGUGUGGACUUCCUUCGAAGUCGGCACAGUAUGGCGGCAAUUCCGCCACCCCGUUGUCGCUGGUUGUCCCGUCACGAAACGGAGUCUACUUUGGUAUUCUGCAAAGACAAUCUAUUAUGUAGCCGAGACAAUCUAUUAUGGAAUGCAAACCGACGACCACUUUCACUUGGAGAAGUGGUUCAAUAUCUCCGGGUUCUGUUUAGCCUUUGUCACCCUUUUGAUCAGCAUUGUUAUCUGUAACACCAAGCCCCCGCGGGUUGUUGUCGGCAAUAAUGACGUUUGA